AUGGAGGUCACUUCCUGCCUCAGAGGCCUCAGAGGGCUCAACUUAGAGGACCAAGGCUUCACAGUGAGACUAAGCGGCUCCGGCUCACGGUGCCAGGGCCAUCUGGAGGUCAACUACAAGGACGAGUGGUACACGGUGCAUAGCAAGAGCUGGGGCCUAAGCCCGUUCCACCGGGAGGACCCCGGUCAGGCCUGGAAGCUCUGCCAGGAGCUGCGAUGCAGGGAGCCCUUGCUUCUCUCCCACUUCCGUCACUUCAAAGGGAAGCGACCCCAGAGCCAGAUCACCUGCCGCGGACAACUGGGGUCCUUCUCCAACUGCAGCUACAGCAAGGCAAACCAGGGGGACCCUCUGGCCCUCAUCUGCUUAGAGCCACUGAGGACAACACCUCUUCCCACAAGCCCCCCGCCCAUAACCACUCCGGAGCCCACAGCUCCUCCCAGGCUGCAGCUGGUGGCGCGACCCGGGGGCCUGCGGUGUGCAGGCCUGGUGGAGUUCUACAGCGGCAGCCUGGGUGGCACCGUCGGCAUCGAGACCCAGGACGGGAUCCAGGACCUGGGGGACCUCAUCUGUGCAGCCCUCCAGUGUGGCUCUUUCCUGAAGCCUCUGCCAGAGACCGAAGCAGCCAGGACACUAGAGCCAGGAGAGAGCGGCCCGUUGCCGAUCCAGUGGAAGAUCCAGAACGGAGGAUGUGCCUCCCCAGAGCAGUGCUUCCGAAAAGCUCCGCCCCAGGCGGGAGGCCAAGCUCUCGGCCUCAUCUGUUCUGAUUUCCAGCCCAAGGUGCAGAGCCGCCUGGUGGGGGGCAGCGGCACAUGUGAAGGCUCCGUGGAGGUGCGCCAGGGCAAGCAGUGGGACGCCCUGUGCGACAGCUCCUCAGCCAAGGGCAUGGCGAGGUGGGAGGAAGUGUGCCAGGAGCAGCAGUGCGGCAACAUCAGCUCCUACCAGCUGCUGGACGCCGGCGAGAAGACCUCCAGGGGGUUCUUCUGUCCCCCAGGGAAGCUGUCCCAGUGCCACCAGCUUCUGCAGAAAAAAUCCCACUGCAAGAGAGUGUUUGUCACCUGCCAGAACUCAAGCCCAGUGGGCCUGGGUGCAGGUACAGUGACGAGCAUCAUCCUGGCCCUCGUGCUUGUGGUAAUGCUGCUGCUGCUGUGUGGCCCCCUCGCCUACAAGAAGCUGGUGAAGAAAUUCCGCCAGAAGAAGCAGCGCCAGUGGAUUGGCCCGACGGGAAUGAACCAGAACAUGUCUUUCCACCGCAACCACACGGUGACUGUCCGGUCCCAGGCUGAGAACCCCACGGCCUCCCACCUGGAGAACGAAUACAGUCAGCCUCCCAGGAACUCCCAAAUCUCAGCUUUUCCAGCUCUGGAAGGGGCCCUGCAUCGUGUCUCCGCCCAGCCCGAUAACUCCUCUGACAGUGACUAUGAUCUGCACGGGGCUCAGAGGCUGUAA